UCCGUUAAUGGAACUCUCGCUAGAACGCAAAAGAUAUGACGCUAGCUCGGAUGGCUGUCCAGCUACCUCGUAUUCUCACGUCGUUCCUCUAACGCGCGAGGAGGAACAACGGAGAUAAAACGAAGAUGGGUAAAUUGCGAGCUUCCUGGAAGAAAUGGUCGAUCAUCAUUUCGCGACGAUGAUAAAUUUGACUUUAAUACUCUUUUCUUCUUCUUUUUUUCGGGUCGCUAUCGCAGCGAGUGAUUUACGAAGUCUCCUCUUUCAAUUUCACGCGACUACGAAGCGUCGUAAUGAUGCUCACUAAUCACGACAAUUAGUAUUGACAAGCUUCAGCUCGUGAAAAUGCAAUAAAAUACUACUCGGAGCUUGAAACGACGCUAACGAUGCUCCCUCCCUGUGCCGCGAUUAAUCCUCCGUACUUCUAUCUAGGCAUCACGAUUCCUAUCUACCGUGGUAGCGCGCGCGACACCACCUUCCUUUAACAUAUACGUAUAUGUAUUUCUUAUUAACUAUGUAUGUCGACCCGUGCCAUCUGUAUAAAAGUCACUUACUCGCCUUACUUUCCGGCGUUGAUCACUGUUCGCGCGAAGCGAAUCCCGCGGAACACCGGCACAGUUUGAGGCACGUUUUGAAAGAGCUUGACGGCUUCCGCUAACAAUAAACAUGUCGCUAACAAUAUCCUUCUAUUUGUUGAUGUCGUUGUCAACGUUAACAGCGAGACCAAGUACCGAGACUACAGUAGACGAAGCGAAGUACGAGAUGACGGUGAGAAAGUACCUGUCGAGAUCGGCAUUUCCGACGGAGAACUUGAGAAUGUGUGAGAAUUUGCGAAUUAUUGUGAAUUACGUUCACGGCGCGCAAGCAAUUCACCCAUCGAUAUUUUCCCUCGUUUCUUCCGAUGGUCGGUCCAGCUUUGUCGACGUUUUAUCAAAGUACGUGGCGAGCGAGUCUAUCGUUAGCUACAAAAUCACGACAACGGACUUUUCGCGCAAGUACACGUGGCAGAGUCGCAUCGAUCUUACAUGGGUCUUCAUCGUCGACGGUAUGAAUAUUUUAAAUUCUUUCGUGCACGAGCAGAGCCACAUCUGGAAGGCUCCCAAUCAGUACCUGGUGAUCGACACCGCUCCGAAUGCGACUCGGCCGGGAGAGGUGUUUGAGAAAGUCUGGAAGUUGUACGGCGUCUAUAGGAUCGUCAUUAUUUCGCUAGAGGAUGACUUCCGAUGUCUGAGCAGAUAUCUGCCGUUCGAGAAGAAUCGGCAAAACGAAUACGGCGUCGUACGUAAGGUCUGCUUGACCGGCCUAACGGGCCGACGAGACAACGUCGAGCUGUACGCCAACUUUGAAAACCUGAACGGGUAUCCUGUACGCGUGGUUGUAUUUCCGUCUCUGAUGAUGCGAGUCGACGAAGCCGCUUCGUCGACGGGGAACCCGAGAUUCAGCGGACUGGACGCGGACGUGAUGCUGCUGUUGGAGCGAGCGAUGGGAGCCUGGUUUCGUGUCAAUGUCUUUAGCGUCGUCAACUCUACCAACGGGGACGCCGGAGAUCCGUUUCACCACACUCUUCAGUAUAUCGAGAGCGGCGAGUCGGAGAUGAUCAUCACCAGUUUCUUCGUUCAGGAGUACCGAAGGUACAAGGAGUAUCGAAAGUACGAAUUUACAGCUGGCAUUUACGAGGACAAGCUGUGCUUGAUCGCGCCCACGGCCGGCUUCGUCCCGAAAUCGUACAUGCCUGUGAUGUCAUUCGCGCCCGACCUGUGGCUGGCACUGGCGGUAUACAACGUUCUCGUGUCCGUCCUCUGGUUCCUCGUCACGUACUACAGCGUGUCGUUUCGCCGGCGGCAGGCCGUUCUUCUCCCCUUGGCGAGUACGAGGUCCUCCUCACGGCGAUCGGAUUUAUCGCCGCCGAGAAUACAUCCUUACGUCUUGUCCUGCUUCGAUCUCGUCGAAGCUUCCUGUUACCCGCUGAAGGAGAAGGCCGGCGGUGGCACAACCGCCCAGAGAGCACUCUUGAUCGGCACGCUCUUCUUCGGGCUCAUCGUCACCGGCCUCUAUCAAAGUUGCCUCAUGUCCAGCUUGAGCGAUCCCUUUCAUUAUCCCGAACUGAACACCUUGGAGGAUGUCGCUGCCUCCAAUUUCACCAUCAUCACCAAGUACUACAAUCUGAAGGAGAACACGUUCACGGGGAACACCACGCUGGAUAACAAAUUGCGGAGCAAGCUUCAAGUGUUUGUCUCGAAGGAGCGCACCUACGCCGCCGUGGCCUUCGGCAGGAGGACGAUCGCCAUCAGCCGUUACGCCUCGGUCAAGCUGAGCGACAUGUCCAGGUACUACGACGUCGACGGUAACGAGCUGCUCCACAUAGUCGAGGAAUACCCGACCACUUACUUGCUGUCCUACGUCACGAGACUCCACUCGCCGUAUCAGGAGAGAGUCAACGGACUAUUGCUUAGGAUGCAGGAGGCGGGUCUCGUUUAUCUCUGGUACGAACGCAUGGUUUAUCCGUGGCGCGUGGUCGAGCAGAGGAGAAGGGUGGCCAAAAGCGAGAGGAAGAUUAAACUGACCAUGGACCACUACUCUCUCACUUUUGUCGGGCUCACGCUCGGUUUGUUCUCUUGCACCCUCGUGUUCCUCGCGGAACUUUAUUUCGCCAGGAUCUCGUCUCGUUCGUCGUAAAAGUCGAAGAGUCGCCGUUUUUCGGCACAACUCAUCAUCCUCAACUCGCCGUCUUUAUCGAUGAUUAUCUGACUCUAAAUCUAAACAAUUUUCUCAACUCAAUUGGAAAAUUUACAUCUGAUAUGAGCUCGAUAUACAAUAUAUCUAAUGUGUAUAUAAAUUCUUGCGUGACAACACCAGACACUUGGCCACGACGAUUCCAUCUCGGCAGCUGUUUCAUUCGCAGCACUCUCGAGUUUGAUUAAUCGAGCAUAAUGUACGGGCUUUGUCUCCCUCGCUAUCGAUCGCGAAAAAACAAGUCCUUUAUUCACGAUAUAAUUGCUCGAGAUAAC